AAGGAGACUGCAACUCCAAAUCUCGUGCUAACAGCCCUUACUAGGACACCUCCUUGCUUGAAUAGGUACCUACAUAUAUCCACAAUACGCGAAAAUGUCUGCGAGCUCUGGCGUCGAGGGAUGGUGCAAAGUUUGUUUGCACGCCAACAACGAACACAACUAUUAUACCUGCGAAGUCAGAGGCUGCCGGAAGAGGUUCAAAAUCUGCCAGACAGGCAGCCAUGAAGAGUGGAACGUAGUGGCAGGAUAUGUUCUUUGCGCGUGGUGUCGGGACCAUCCGUACUCGUGCAGUAGGGUUGACAUAUACAACAUCAAGCGGCUAAUUGGUUGAGGCUGGCAGAGGUGGAGUUUCCAUAUCGUGAAAACGCCAGGAUAGGAAGAAGAGAAGGGAGGUU